AUGGCACCGUUACCAGUAAUUAAUCUCGAGCCGAGCGAGGUGAAAGAGAUCUUCUGGACCAAAGUGAAGGAACCACAGUCGCAGCGCAAGCUGAUUCUAGUGAUCGUCUCAAUUGCACUGCUGCUAGAUAACAUGUUGUACAUGGUGAUUGUACCGAUCAUUCCGGACUACCUACGGUACAUUGGCACUUGGGGACCGGAGGAACCGUACAAUAUGAGCGCCCCCACCACCGUCUUUACACCGCACACACAUUCACACCAUGGGCAAGAUUCGGCCACUGGCAUCCUGUUCGCCUCGAAAGCCAUCGUACAGCUGAUGGUAAAUCCAUUCUCUGGCGCACUUAUCGAUCGGAUCGGCUACGACCUACCGAUGAUGGUGGGACUGAUCAUCAUGUUUCUUUCCACGAUGGUGUUUGCCUGUGGGCGUAGCUACAGCAUGCUAUUCUUCGCCCGCUCCUUGCAGGGCGUUGGGUCGGCUUUUGCCGAUACAUCCGGUCUGGCCAUGAUUGCCGAUCGGUUUACAGAGGAAGCCGAACGCACAAAGGCUCUCGGCAUUGCGCUGGCAUUCAUUAGCUUCGGUUGUCUGGUGGCGCCUCCAUUCGGUGGUGCCUUAUAUCAGUUCGCCGGUAAGGAGGUUCCGUUUGUUAUCCUGGCGCUCAUAUCGUUGAUGGACGGAUUCAUGCUCCUGCUGGUGAUGAAACCAAUCAAGGAACAGCUAGCGGAUCGUCAAGAAGUGAAACCACCGUCCGUACCGAUCUGGAAACUGCUGAUGGAUCCGUACAUUGCCGUUUGUGCCGGUGCGCUUAUGAUGUCUAACGUUGCCCUCGCGUUUCUGGAACCUACCAUAUCGCUCUGGAUGGAGGACAACUUAACGACGGACAACUGGAAAAUUGGUAUGGUGUGGUUGCCGGCCUUCUUCCCUCACGUAUUCGGUGUGAUCAUAACGGUCAAGAUGGCGAAACAGUACCCAGAAAAGCAAUGGUUAAUGGCGGCCGGAGGACUUGCACUCGAAGGGCUUUGCUGCUUCAUCAUUCCAUUCAGCUCGUCCUACAUCAUGCUAAUGAUACCGAUCUGUGGAAUUUGUUUCGGGAUUGCGUUGAUAGACACAGCUCUACUGCCCACGUUGGGUUAUCUAGUAGAUAUACGAUACGUCUCGGUGUACGGCAGUAUCUACGCCAUCGCGGACAUUUCGUACUCACUGGCGUAUGCCGUCGGUCCCAUUAUUGCCGGCGGUGUGGUGGAAGCAAUCGGCUUUACGGCGCUUAACUUCCUUAUAGCGUUCUCGAAUCUGUUGUACGCUCCGGUUAUGUCUUACCUGCGAAAUAUCUACGAUUUUAAGCACUUUGAAAAUGAGGCCAACGUACUCAUGGGCGAUCCACCAACAAAGGAAUAUCAAACGUACACCAUGCAUGAUCAGCAAGUGGUUGGUGAGGAGUACAAAAAUCAUCUUGAGUACGGCCGUCAAACGGAUGAUGGCAAUUAUCAGCAGGAGACCAAUAUCGACCAAGGAUACUCUCAGAACGGUAGUUAUCAGCAGCAGCAGCAGCAAGGUGGUUAUCAAAACUAUCAGCCAGGGUAUCAGGAGCAGGGAGGUAGUGUCUAUCAGCAGCAACAGCAAGCUCCACGGCAUCUUCCACAGCAACCUCAGCAGGUUGCCAAUCCAUUCCGUCACGGGGAAUCGUCGGGACAGCAACAACAACACCAGCAGCCGGCCUCGUCUCAAUCCAGGGUCUCGAAUCCAUUCCGACAAGGCUUUUAA